AGGUCACAGAUGAAUGGCUCCAGGCCGGCUGGUUGCUCUAAAUGACACUGAUUCAUCAGAAUAUGACAGUGAUCCUGAUCGGCCAAAAUUUCUCACCAAAGAAGCACAGGAGAACGGAGCCUUCAAGAGGUACAACGAUGCACUUUCAUUAUCUAGGGAGAAGAAGUAUGAAGAGGCCAAGAGGAUACUCAUUGAUGUGUUGAAAACCCCAUGUCUGGCAGAGAUUAAAGCAGUUUCCUUGAAGGAUGCCCAUGGGUCCAUCAACCCACUACAUGUGCUCAAGUAUUCAUGCUACAAAAAUCUGGGUUUGGCAUGCUCCAAUCAAGGAGAUGUUGAAGAUGCCAUUGAAUAUACUUUGAAGGCUUUGGAACUGGAUGGAACAGAUGUAACAGUUUGGUAUAAACUUGGGCAGAUGGGACUGCAGGCAGAAGACUAUGGACUGGCAUCCAAAGCCUUCCAGAAUGGACUGGAGGUAAAUCAAAAUCAUUGGCCCUGCUUGGAUAAGCUUGUGACCAUCCAGUAUGCAUUGAGCGACACUCUUGGAUGCUUGGAUCUGAUUGCCUAUGGGCUUAGUCGAGACCCUUACUUCCUGAAAGGCCUUGCCAUUCGAGAUACUAUUUUCCAAGAAGCUCCCCCACUUAAAGACCUUCAAACCCAAAUGUGGAAAGACCUGGGGGUCUGGACUCCUUAUCCUGAGGAGGAAGGACAGAAGUUUGUGAAAGAGGCAAAGGAUAUGCUUGAAAAUGUUCGGAAGAAGGCUCAAGUGACAGAUCCACCACCUUUGCCCUUGGAUGUGUCAAUUAGAAAUCUAUCAUGGUUUGAGCUGGGCCAGAAGCUACUUUCCCUUUAUUCUCAACAAGACCAGGGGAACCAGAUGCCUGCAAUCAAAUGGAAUUCACCUCUUUCAGUGGAAGAUGAGGCAAUGGAAGUUGAUGAGGAAGAUAAGAAAAAAGAGGCCGAAGAAGAUCAAGAAAAGAAAAGACCUCCUAAGAGGAAACGAGAAUUGGAACAGUUGCAAGAGUGGAGCUUUGUGAAGAGGAGAUCAAAUAGGAUGCGAAUGACCAUGACAUCUGCUCAUAGUCGCCUCCUUGCUUCUCAAGAAUCUAAUUAUGCAGCACUACUGCUGAAGUAUUUGCCCCUCUCUCUGACUCAGUCCCUUGACAAGAAACAGUGUGAGAGAAGUGAAACAGCCUUACAUGAUACCUCAUUACUGGCUUCUUCAGCUGAUUCAUCAGUCAUAAACAGUGAAGACUCAAAGAUGCAGGGAGAGGCUUGCAUGGAAGAUUCAACAGUUGGAGCAGAAGUCACGGAAGCCCAAAAAGGCUUCAGCCGUCGAGCCAUCAUUGACUUCAUGGUGGCAGCUUGUGCUGAGGCCAAUGGGAAUCCCAAAUUAGCAGAACUUUUCUUUCAGUAUUGCAUUCACGUGUCUCAGCUUGCUGGGAAAUGGCCAAAGGACCUUGUUCGUGUAUUCUUGCAGUGCUACACUCUUGCAAGGAGGCAUAGAGUACCAGAAGUGAAUGGUGCAGACCGUUUCCAUGGUAACAAUGAGGUACUGAGGUCACUGGAGCGUGAAGCCUGGCUCGUCCUGACACAUGCAGAGCUCCUAGUGGACUCCCUUCUCUCAAAAAAGGAAGAGCAUCAAUCAUGGGCCAGGGACAACCAGGGGAGACUGAUGGACAUAGAUAGCUAUGAAUUUGGGGAUGAGAUGGGGAUCAUGAUUCUUAGCAUGGAUCCCCAGGAGAUCCUUAGAGAUGCCUGUGAUUCCUUUGGAAUUCGAUACACCAACUUGAAAGCCCAACUCGCCAUGCAUCGAGGAUCAAAAUAUGAAGCCCUCUGCACCCUCAGACAGAUUGAAGAUGUUCUUUCUGAAAAUCCCACCCAAGUCAUCUCUCUACCCAACUGCACUUCAUUCUCCUGCAUCUCUAUGGGGAUGAUCCGUGAACUAGUUGAAGAGCUUGAAAGGUACAACAACCUGACAGAAAUUGUGAUCUUGUACGAAGGCGCUCGAUAUGGUGAUGUUGUUGAACUGUUGACUGAUCCCUCUGGGAAGAGAUUGGAUCCUUUAGUGUUUGAGCAUGUUUCCAAUGAUAAGUCUAGCGAGGUUCCCUUGCCAAGCAAAGCUCACAUGCUCCGCAUUCUUGUUGAAUGUCUGGGGAAACUAAAGGCUUGGGCACAACUUCUUGAGCUCUCUCACAGUCUUCUGAGUGAAGGACUAAAGGUUUGGAAUGGGAAUGGCAAUGGCAAUGGCGAAGGGGAAGUUGAAGUUGCAGCUGUAGCUGUAUCUGUAUGUGGGAGAGAGCGAGAUGAAUGGACUGAAUUCCUCAUCUUUCUCAUCAAUGCCUUGGCCACUGCCAUUCGAGAGUGCCCAAACAUCUUGGAUACAUUGGAAAAGGGUGUGGUUGGGGAAUUGAGUCAGAACCUCGUGAGGCUGAUCCUGGUAAAUCUGGAGCACCCUGAGGGUGUAACCCAUCCUCCAAUUAAUUCAGUCAAGCCCUGGCUCAUUCUCACUAAUAUCAUUGCCAAUGAAGUGAAGUCAGAGGUGAAUGAGAAGGAGAUCCCAUUGCAUCUGCUGCUGUUGUGUGAUGCCCAUGAAUGCCUUUCCAUGAGAGGUUGGUGCACUAUCAACAAUGGAGAGCUCCUUCUAGAGCUCAUCAACCAACUCCAGUCAUCAUCUCUGCUCAUGUCUGAAUCCCAGCUUCGAACUGCCAUUGAGCAAUGCUUCUACUGCCUCUACUCACAUCCCAGCAAGAAGUCCAAGGUACGACAAUUGGUCGACCAUGGCUGUUCGGGAAUUGCUCUGACCUGGGAGAGAGCCAUUCCCCUGUACAACUAUUUUCGGCCUCAGCAGUUGCCUGAGUUUGACUCUUAUCGGGUGGCAUCUAUUUCAAGUGACUUGGAAGCUCUCUAUAAACGCAUAGCCUCUCUUGUCCCUCGAGAUAUUGAUCCCAAUCAAUACCUUGAUGGACUCUUGGAAUUUAUAUCUGGUGAGAAGAAUGAAUUACCAGAGGUCCCUGUACAAGAAUCUAAUUCCCCUAUCAUCUGGGAUCUCUACUACCUUCUUGGUGAUUACUAUCUGAAAAAUAAGGAAUGGCAAAAGGCAAUUAAGUAUUAUCAGCUUGACAUCUGUGUGAACCAGUUUCGAGUGGAUUCCUGGGCUGGACUUUCCCUUGCUCGAACUGGAUGGCUUGAAACCAAGCUCAAUUCUUGUCAGCCAAUUAAAGUGGAUGGUGGGAUUUUUGAGAAGACAGCAAUGGCACUCAAGUGCUUCCAGCAGACUGUGGAGUUGGAGCCCAGCCUUGCCAAGAUGUGGAUUGAAUAUGGUUCUCUUGCUUACAUGAUGCAUUCCUUUGCCUCCAAACAAUUGAAGCAGGAUGAAGUGGUUGAGUCUCUCGGCCUGGAGGCAUACCAGAGACUUGAGGAACAAAGGGAUGAUCUUCUUAAGAGAGCAUACAGUUGCUUCGAGAAGGCACGGACUUUGACAGAAAAGGGGGAGGCAGAGACAGAGGAGGGUGGUUGGGAUGAAUCUUGGCUCCAUUUUUUCAUGAUGUCCAAGAUGAAGGCCAAGAUGAAUCCUGACAACGUCAGCGAGACGGUCGGAUUGCUGUGCAAGGCAGAGAGGUGCCUCUGGGAUGUGAAUGCUGAAUACCCACAGCGCAUCUACUAUCCUUCACCUCAGUUCCUCUCACUGGAAGCGCUGGAGGUGUUCUAUCGCAUCCAUUCAACCAUCCUCAAGGCCCUCAUGGGGCAUGAAGCCGGGCAUACGCUCGACAAGGACACGCUCAAGUAUCUGAACCAUGUCCUGAAACUAGAAUCUCGGGGUUGUUUUGUGGCUGGUUCAGAGAAGGGGAAAAAUGGAGAAGGUCGGGCCAUUGCGUCUGAGAUCCUGGCAGAUCUUAUCGAUGGCCUGGGCAAGCCAUCUGCCACAUUCAAUCCACAAGGGGAGGAGAAACAGCUGGGAGAGUUGAAGGAAAAAGAGGAACCAAUCGAACUUCCCAGAAUGAUACAUGAUUGCCUGGCUGGAUUGAAAAUGUGUAUCACAAGAUUCCCACAUCACUACAAGUCCCUCUAUCGCAUGGCUUAUUUUUAUGCCCACUCACAGGUCUACAAGAUGUACAUGUUUGAGACAGAAAGGAAGCAUAUGUCCAAGCAUGCAUAUGACCUGAGUCUACAGCUCCUCCGCAACCGAUGGAAAGAGGCGAGUACAUUCACGUCGAAGAAAGCUGCCGUCAUCGACAUCUGCCGCACUCACCAAAAGAUCAUGCGCAACCUUGGGUACAGAGAGGACAUCCUCAACCUCCUCACUGAGGCAUACAUAAACUUUGUUGGGAAAUCACUCGAGAAGGAAAAAAUGGAAUCUCAGAGAGAAGAGGCAUUGAAGUUUGCCACCCAACACAUCUCUCUUGGCUCCAAGGCCCUAAAAGCCAUUCCAAACCCCAGUGUGAAGCCAGAUGGCACUUCUCCAAAAAGAGGUAGACCAAGGGGAUCGACAAAGAGAGGAGGUAUAGUGAAGCGACCAGUGCCUCUAGAUAUUGCAAUGCCAAAGCAAGGAGACCCAAAGAUCCAGUUGACACGCAUCGAUCCGUCGCUGAUCUACGGUCUGGAAGUUCGUGCCAGCAGUCCCAGCUCUCAGCCUCCACCAAAACAAGUUAAGAGAAUGCUGCCAGAGGUGGGAGGUGAGAAGUUGCAUGUACAAUCCCUUCCUCAACCCCCUCCUGCACAUGCAACUUCUCAGAGGCCUGUUGGAAUGCCACCAAAAAUGAUAGGGUAUGAUCAUGAAUUUGCCAAACGGGGGAAGCCAUCUACAUCCCUCAUAUUCCCACGUCGUCCCAAUCUAUCCAUCACGCCGGUGGUGGACCUUCGAAAGCCCCCGGCGAAAGUAUUCAAGCCUAGCAUUUCGGUCGUUCCGCUUCCGAGUCCAUCGAUAUCUGUUGCAGUGCGCAAAGACCACGAUCAGUCCAAAGGACAAAGGAAAAACGUCCCAGAGAUGUUGGCCUCCCGUCAGGGCCUGCAGUGCAUCCCAGCAGAUCUGCAACAUGCUCUUCAAGGAAGCUGA